UCCAACUGAAAUCUGAAGAGAUGAAAUAUGCAGAUUGUAGUUCUCGGAGUCUCAUCGCCCAAAUUCCACUACCAGACCCGCCUUUUCACAUGACUGGGGCUUGCAAUGCCUCAGAAACUGACAAACUUAGCUCCAAGAUGUCAUUGAAAAAUAGUGUUGAAAUAGAAAUCAGUUGGGAUCGACCUCCAGAGUCUGUGUGUACCUCACAAGCAGAUCGUAAGGAUCGACCUAAUUGAACCUGCAAAACACGAGAUGACAUGAGAAAGUGCUUUUGCAAUGAAAACUUCAAAUGGGAUGGCUCCAGUUUAAAUUGCACACAAGAAUAUGGCAAUCUUGCCAAGACUCCAAAACCUGCUAAUCAGAAGCCGUUAUUAUCAUAUCUGGCAAUUGUGGUAGGCAUACCAAUUGCUGUUGCGCUAGUUGCACUUGUAUGCAUCAUUGGUUAUAUGACUUAUUUGUGCAAAAAAGCCAUCACAAACAGGAAAGGGUCUUCUAUGCAAAAUCUUCUGUUUUUGAGUUCAGAAAACAGAACAACUCCUGCAGUUCACUUGUAUGAUAGUGAGAGGGGUGCGAAACACUUAAUAGACUCAGAGCAAUUCAGAGAAGAAGAUAAGAAAGGAAUUGAUGUAUCGUUUUUCCACUUAGAAGACAUACUGGCUGCUACAAAUAACUUUUAG